AUGGAGAACUUCUCACUCCUCAGCAUUUCUGGACCUCGAAUCUCUUCCUCAGCUCUGAGCACUUUUCCUGACAUUAUGUCCUCACACGCCACCAGCUUGCCAGACAUUGCAAAGACUGCACUACCCUCUGAGGCGUCCAGCCCAGCUCAGGCCCUGCCAGCCCUGUACCACAGCAGCGCGUUCCGGCUCGGGGUGCAGAGCCUGGGGUUCUCUCCAGACUGCAUUUUGAGGGAUCCCCAGAACGGGGAGCAGCUGAGGCGGAACUGCACCAUCUACCGGCCCUGGUUCUCCCCUUACAGCUACUUUGUCUGCACAGACCAGGAGAGCCAGCUGGAGGCCUACAACUUUCUGGAGGUGCAGCGGGACGAGGGCAGGGGGGACAGCUGCCUUCCCGAGGACCUGGCUGAGAGCAUCUGCUCGUCCUCUUCCUCCCCAGAGAACACCUGCCCCCAAGAGGCCAGCAAGAAGUCUAGGCAUGGCCUGGACUCCACGGACUACAUCACGUCCCAGGACAUUCUCACGGCCUCCAGGUGGCACCCGGCCCAGCAGAGCGGCUACAAGUGUGCGGCCUGCUGCCGCAUGUACCCCACUCUGCACUCCCUCAAGAGCCACAUCAAGGGGGGCUUCAGGGAGGGCUUCAGCUGCAGGGUGUACUACCGCAAGCUCAAAACCCUCUGGGGCAAGGAGCAGACGGCCCGGCCCGGGGACCGGCUCUCCUCAGGCAAUUGCCAGGCCUUUAAGUAG